UGGGCUCGAAGCAAUACGUCGCAAUUCCUGUAUGAAAUACAGGUAAAUAUAGGAUAGGUCAUCGAAACUGCACUUGCGCACUAGAAUAAAUCAAUGUAGCUAAAUAAUGUGCAUCUACAGAGCCCUGGACCAGUGACGACAGGGCGCCGCGCUGUGCGGAUGCGUGUCAAUUGUGCAUGAUUAGUGCCAGAGGAGAUCAUCAAAUACUACAGCCAGUACCAGCUAACGACUCACGAUGGAUGAGCGCAAAGCUAAACGACGACCACGUGUUAAGUAUACCGCAAGGGCGGACAGGAGUAGGUAUACUGAUCAAGCCAUGGGACAAGCUCCCGUUGUCCACCCGGGGCUCAACAUCGGACCCGGCAGUGUCCGCGGCCCGGGCGGCAUCCGCGGCCAUAGCUUGGAUGCCUUAAGUAGUCGUCGACGUCAACGCGAGAUCGCGGGUUCCAGCAGUAUUGAGAACCAGCCUCAUGGGAUUCAUAAUGUAGAGAUCUGCGAGGUCGCUGAUGUACAACCAGCUGGCGGUGCGGAGGAGGGUACACCCCAUUUGAAAAUGGAAAAACCCAGCGGAAGCAACGCGAAAACUUCUUACGAUAUUAUAGAACCACUCGAAAAUAAUUGUAAUAAACCCAGUCGUCCCAAGGGUAAAGACGCCUUUUCUGUAGGCGCUACUGGCUCUAUUAGCGUUGAUACCGUAAACGGCCCCGUUAAUUGCGCUGGCGGGUCUGAUGGUUUUAGCAGCUCAUCUAGUGCCGUUGGCCCAACCAGCGUCGAAGCCGCCAGGCCCCCGCGUCUUGCUGGCCCCACCGGUGUAGCUUUGGCUUCCAGUGGCGCCGGAACUUCUCGUCAACCUGGCUCUUCUCAAAUUAGCGGCAUUUCUGGAUCCCGUGGCGCUGGGCUAAAACGCCAGCCUUUGGGCCUUAGCACCAAGCCCACUCGAAAACGUUUCAAAGGUGCGGGCCCCUCCCACUUUGUUGGCCCAACUAAAGGCAGUGGCACCGGACAUUCAGUUCAGUCUACUCCCAAUACUCAAGAUGCACUCGCUAAUCAAGCUGCAUUCUCGAAUAAAGCCGCCAGGCCCCCGCGUCUUGCUGGCCCCACCGGUGUAGCUAUGGCUUCCAGUGGCGCCGGAACUUCUCGUCAACCUGGCUCUUCAGAAAUUAGCGGCAUUUCUGGAUCCCGUGGCGCCGGGCUAAAACGCCAGCCUUUGGGCCUUAGCACCAAGCCCACUCGAAAACGUAUCAAAGGUGCGGGCCCCUCCCACUUUGUUGGCGCAACUAAAGGCAGUGGCACCGGACAUUCAGUUCAGUCUACUCCCAAUACUCAAGAUGCACUCGCUAAUCAAGCUGCAUUCUCGAAUAAAGCCGCCAGGCCCCCGCGUCUUGCUGGCCCCACCGGUGUAGCUAUGGCUUCCAGUGGCGCCGGAACUUCUCGACAACCUGGCUCUUCUCAAAUUAGCGGCAUUUCUGGAUCCCGUGGCGCUGGGCUAAAACACCAGCCUUUGGGCCUUAGCACCAAGCCCACUCGAAAACGUUUCAAAGGUGCAGGCCCCUCCCACUUUGUUGGCCCAACUAAAGGCAGUGGCACCGGACAUUCAGUUCAGCCUACUCCCAAUACUCAAGAUGCACUCGCUAAUCAAGCUGCAUUCUCGAAUAAAGCCGCCAGGCCCCCGCGUCUUGCUGGCCCCACCGGUGUAGCUAUGGCUUCCAGUGGCGCCGUAACUUCUCGUCAACCUGGCUCUUCAGAAAUUAGCGGCAUUUCUGGAUCCCGUGGCGCCGGGCUAAAACGCCAGCCUUUGGGCCUUAGCACCAAGCCCACUCGAAAACGUAUCAAAGGUGCGGGCCCCUCCCACUUUGUUGGCGCAACUAAAGGCAGUGGCACCGGACAUUCAGUUCAGUCUACUCCCAAUACUCAAGAUGCACUCGCUAAUCAAGCUGCAUUCUCGAAUAAAGCCGCCAGGCCCCCGCGUCUUGCUGGCCCCACCGGUGUAGCUAUGGCUUCCAGUGGCGCCGGAACUUCUCGUCAACCUGGCUCUUCUCAAAUUAGCGGCAUUUCUGGAUCCCGUGGCGCCGGGCUAAAACGCCAGCCUUUGGGCCUUAGCACCAAGCCCACUCGAAAACGUAUCAAAGGUGCGGGCCCCUCCCACUUUGUUGGCCCAACUAAAGGCAGUGGCACCGGACAUUCAGUUCAGUCUACUCCCAAUACUCAAGAUGCACUCGCUAAUCAAGCUGCAUUCUCGAAUAAAGCCGCCAGGCCCCCGCGUCUUGCUAGCCCCACCGGUGUAGCUAUGGCUUCCAGUGGCGCCGGAACUUCUCGUCAACCUGGCUCUUCUCAAAUUAGCGGCAUUUCUGGAUCCCGUGGCGCCGGGCUAAAACGCCAGCCUUUGGGCCUUAGCACCAAGCCCACUCGAAAACGUAUCAAAGGUGCGGGCCCCUCCCACUUUGUUGGCCCAACUAAAGGCAGUGGCACCGGACAUUCAGUUCAGUCUACUCCCAAUACUCAAGAUGCACUCGCUAAUCAAGCUGCAUUCUCGAAUAAAGCCGCCAGGCCCCCGCGUCUUGCUAGCCCCACCGGUGUAGCUAUGGCUUCCAGUGGCGCCGGAACUUCUCGUCAACCUGGCUCUUCAGAAAUUAGCGGCAUUUCUGGACCUUCCAUUCAAGCUGGCUCUUCCAUUGAAGCUGGGCCUUUCACUCAAGCUGGAACUUCCACUCCAGCUGGCCAAUCUCGUUCUACCGGCCAUGAUCCUGCCGCAGGUCCAUCACAUUCCAGCGACCCCACUCCUGCCGCCCGCUCCGCUCCAGCCGCCGGCCCCGCUCCUACUGCCGGCUCCGCUCCUGCCGCCGGCUCCGAUUCUGCCGCCGGCUCCGAUUCUGCCGGCUUGGCUCCUGCCACCGGCUUCGAUUCUGCCGCCGACUCCACUCCUGCCGCCGGCUCCGAUCCUGCCGCCGCACAGUGGAACGAAACGGGCCGCCCACCGUGCGCCGGCCCCGCUCCUGCCAUCGGCUCCGAUUCUGCAGCCGGUUCCGCCCCUGCCGCCGGCUCCGAUUCUACCGCCGGCUCGGCUCCUGCCACCGGCUCCGAUUCUGCCGCGGGCCCCGAUUCUGCCACCGGCUCCGAUCCUGCCGCCGCACAGUGGAACGAAACGGGCCGGUAAUGGAUUUAGCAUGGAAAAAAAAAUAUAUUUUUGAAUAUUGGGUUGCAUUGAUCCGUUGAUUAUAAAAAAAAACUAUUUAUAUGACGGUUUUUCAGAUAACUUGGUAUUUUCGGAGUUAUUAACACUCAAACUUAUUUUUGUAUGGAACAAAACAGAAAACAAUCAAAAUCUCGGAAUUCUCAAACUUUCUCAAAGAAUUGACUUUACCUAUGCAUAAAACGUAUUUUUGACCUAUUUUAACGCCUAUGCUCGGGUCACGAAUUUUCCCGAUUUGGCCGCAAUUUUAACUUUUGUUCUUAAUUCCACACCACCCUAGAAGUUAGAAACUAGGCGCGUUUCUUUUUGUAGUGGUGUCCCCUUUAGGCCUAAUCCACUUGAGCCAUUCGUAUCCAGAUGUUCAAUGAUGAUAAUCCGUAUUUAAAGAGAUCAGGAUCAGCUUGUUUUGACGUAAUUAAGGGUAAAUUAUUCAUUUCAGUUGGAGUGGCUUUGCAAAUAUCGCAUCUCUGACAUGAAGUGUCACAUAAAAUUGAUGUUGCUUUUCCGUCUAUCAUUGUCAUUAAUAAAGAGUGUGAAAUCUUUAUUUCUCCAACUUCUGUUUCCUUUAAAUAAGGAAUCUCUUCGUCAAUAGCACUUUUUUCCCGCAAUAUCGUUAUUUUGUUUUCUUUCAUAAAUUCGAAGAACAUUGGACGACACCAGUAUGAUGAAUUUGGUGAAUCAUUUUGCCAAAUAACUUGUUCGCCGCAAAUGAAUUUGAUUGCUGCUAAACUUCCCAUGAAUAUACUUGUAUCGUCAAAUUGGUUAUCCAAAGUUCCGUCAUCUGUUGAGAUCUUUUGCUUGUAAUUGUAUUUUUAAUACUACCACUGUCAAUGUUUUUAAGAAUAACGAAGAGAUCAAGGUUUGUCACAAAAUUUUGAAACAUCUCUACAGACGUCAAAUAUUUGAAUAUGUAAAUAUUCAAAUAUUCCCAAAUCACAAAUGAUCAUAGAUUAUCACAUAUAAUGAAUAGUGUGUAGGGGUAGGGCGUCUGUUACGGUGGAUAAUAGAACACUAAAGUGGGUUUGAAUGCAACUGAAUAUCUUGUGCAAAGUUGAUGCACCAAUCACAUUAUGCCACGUCAUAAGAUGUUGUGGUGCUUGCGCAUUCUUAUCACUUAAUUCCCGGGAAUAUUUGUCAAAACAAAUGACGUCAUAGGGUGAUGUGGAAAAAGUCGAACAUUCAUUUCAAAUUUUCAAAAGACUUUUAUGGGUAACAAAAUGCAUAUAAGUUAGUUUAGUAUAAAUUAUUGACAAUUUUAUUUCAUUAGGUUCACUCUGUAAACCAUCUUUGCGAAUUAGGAAAAAAAAAAUCUAUUGAAAUUGAAAUGGCUAUAUCUCCGAAACCACUGGUUAAAUUAAAAAAAAGUUACA